UUGCUGUUUUGGCUUCACAGCAGGGAAAGAGAAAGUUGACACUGUUUGGUCCGACUUAGAUUUCUGGGAAAAGUAGUACUUUCAAGUUCUGGAUCCUGAUUUUCCUGUGGCCAGUUCAUAAAUACUAUAUCUACUAGUACUGUGACUCUGGAACCUGGCUUGCACUUCAGGACCUGGGUAUGGAUGCUGGAAAUAGGUAUACGGAAAAAGUUGUUUCUUUAUCCAAUUCUGAUAACAGAAGCCAUAAUUAAGCAUAGAUAGAACAGGUUGGAAAUGUCAACUGGUGAAACACUCCGCGUUAUGAUUUCGCGCUCGCGAAUAUUUUAGUUUUUACCGUACUCAGGUUGUUGCUCUCCUAUCCACUAGCGAUCACUCGGGGCUGGGAGGUACUCUAGAGAAGUAAGUUUACACCACUGACAAGCUCUAAGUCUGUUGUCUUUAAUCUGCUUUUACUUUUUGUUGAGUUUAGCUUGAAUUACUCCAUGUCAACUUUUCUCUUUCCCUGCUGUGAAGCCGAAACAGCAAAGGACAUUGCUUGACUUGGUUAUUAUGUAUCUAAGUGCUACAUAGAAUGGUUCAUGCUAUGGAUAUAAGCUGUACUGUUCAUAAACGUUUGCAGUAUAGUCCUUUAAACUGCUUUAGUAUACUUUUAGAGACACCACGGGCCUUGAUCUCCCACGACUUCAUAGUAGGGGCUAUUCCUUCUUGUAUAGCAUUUAUUUGUUUAGUGAUAGUGGCUGCGUUGCUUAGUCGACCUCUUAGAGCUAGAUUCUCGAAUAAUCAACAUUAAAAGUGAUCAAUUUCACCAUUUCUAUGUACAGCACAUUGUAUAGCAGUCAAGACAGGUAAUGAGCAUGCUGACUAUAAAUUUAGUUUUAGCCACACCCUAUAACGGAGUGUUUCACGCAAACAUUUUCGUUUCUAAUCCCUCUUACUGUUUUAUCCAUGAAUUACUGUAGUAUUUACAAGCCACAAACAUACUUGUUACAUAACCACAAUGCUACACAACCACAAUUACAUCGCCAAAUUUGGGACUGUUUGGAAGCAUUCCAGGAGAGCACACAAAGGUCAACCUCACAGUCAUGAACAGCUAAAACAAAAAUGGCAAAAAGAAAGCUUGCAGUGAGAGAAGAGCUGAAAUGUUCCAUUUGCUUGGACAACUUCAAGAAUCCCAAAGUGUUGCCGUGUUGUCACAGCUUCUGUCUCUAUUGUCUGGAGGGAAAUCACAAGAGAACCAAAGACAAGAAAAGCCUAACUUGUCCUCAGUGCAAAGCUAAACAUCAGGUUCCUACCAAUGGUCCCCGUGGUUUCCCCGAUGAUUACACCCUUGCUAAUCAGAAACACGCCCCAACAACCACACCAGUUUGUGAGCAAUGUGACGACAAGAACAAACCAGUGGCGUACUGCCACACCUGCUCAGACUACCUGUGUGAAGAGUGUUUAAAAGCUCACAAAAAAGUAAAAGCUCUUCGAGAUCACAAGACAGUCAAUAUCACUCCUGGGAAGGCUCUUGAUAUCGAGCCUCAGUCAAAGAAGAGCUAUUCGUGCAGUGUUCACCCCGAAGAACCACUAAAGCUUUACUGUAAGAGUUGUAAGAGCUUGGCCUGCCUCCUGUGCUUUGUGGGGCUACACAACGGCCAUGACAUUGGAAGCAUCGAUGGCAAAACAAGACAAGAAGUGGAACAAAGUAUCAACAAUCUGGUGAAAGAGACAGAUUCGAAAUUGAUAGAAUUCGAAGACAACUUGAAAUGCGUUUCUACCCUUGAAAAAGAAAAAACAGAAGCUCCCAUUCCACUCAAAGCCCAAGUUGAUAAGAAGGUUAAUUUUCUCAUCCAACAACUUGAAGCAAGGCGUAAAGAACUACACAAGGAGAUUGACGAUGCUUGUACGAAAGACCUCAAAGAAUUGUGGGCACAGAAAGAAUACCAUGAGACAGCCAUUACGAGCAUGGAGGGUGCUCUGAGCUUUGCCAGAAGAGCUCUAGCCUGCAAGGAAGACACGGAACUACUGGCCCUCUGUGCACAAGUCACCUCCAGACUGAAAGAGCUGAGUCAGCUAAAAUGGGAUAGUCGGUCCACAAUGAAAAUUGAAAGGAAAACCGUCAAAUUCAAAGAAGCUAAUGAACAAAGAUAUGCACAGGAAACAGAUACGACAGUUGGGGAGGUACAUGUACAAAUGUCUACACCAGAUAUAAAAAUUACAACCACAGAGCUACAGAAACGUGUUCCAUAUUAUCAUGGUUGUAGUGUUCAGUUUCAAGUAACGGCAGCAGUGAAUUUUAAACGGAAACCACUAAAACUAACUACUUCAGCAACUUAUAGAUCCCACCGUAAUGGCUUUCGCUAUACACGCAGUCAAAAUAUAUAUUGUAGUACUAAAGAAAAUGCUACAGCAAACAGUUGGACAGUCAAGUUUAUUCCUCCAGAACGAAGUACCUACACGAUUACACUUCAAGUCAAUAAUGAAUAUGAAGACGAAUUUGGAGAAUAUGAUGAAGAGGUCGAUGGAUAUGAGGACACAUACCUACACCAUAGUUCUGACUACCAAAUUGAAGUAUAUUAAUGCAAUGAGGUGCCAGUGUAAUAUAUAAUAUACCGUAGUCGUUCUAAUUAUAGAACCACCUUAAUACAAGCGCACCAACUGUGGAAGUAAAAUUUUUUUCUGUUCUAAAUUUUAUAUUUUAUUUUUGUGG